AGCUCAUCGCAGCCCUAUAUCUCUCUCUUGCGCCCUUCCAAGUUCCUCCUUCAUUAUCGUUCCUCGACGAUGAGCUCUGCAGCGUCGACGAAGGGGGGGAGGGGGAAGCCCAAGAGCUCGAAAUCCGUGUCGAGAUCGAGCAAGGCUGGGCUCCAGUUCCCCGUUGGCAGGAUCGCUAGGUUCCUGAAGGCGGGAAAGUACGCUGAGAGGGUCGGCGCCGGAGCUCCGGUGUACCUCUCUGCGGUUCUUGAGUACCUCGCUGCCGAGGUUUUGGAGUUAGCUGGUAAUGCCGCAAGGGACAACAAGAAGAACAGAAUCGUGCCGAGGCACAUCCAGCUUGCAGUGAGGAACGAUGAAGAACUGAGCAAGCUCCUGGGGACGGUCACAAUUGCUAAUGGAGGAGUUUUGCCUAACAUUCAUCAGACGCUGUUGCCUAAAAAGCAAGGCAAGGGGAAGGGGGAUGUUGGGUCUGCAUCUCAGGAGUUCUAGGUGUUUGCCCUUUUUGUGUGCGAGAGAGGGAAUAUGUAGUUUUGAAGUAUUUUGGUUGUUUUUUUGGGCUCGCGUAGGCCCAUGAUUACUGUGGAGGUGUGUGACUGCUGUAAUAUUGGCUUGAUGUUGGAGACAACUGUCUUUAUAUAAUGAUAGUCAAUCAAAUGGUGAUAUUUUUCAGGUUGUAUUUA